AAUAAUCGGAACUACUUUAGCGAACUCGCUUGCAUUGUUUUGCAUUGAAUAAGAUAAAUAUUUAUUUAAAUACUUGAUGAAGUAUUUGCGCUACGCGGACAACACAAUUCGCCUGUGGUUUAAUUUAUUCAUUAGGAGACGUUUGCUGAACGCCGCGCAACUCAAAGUCAGGGCCACAAAUACCACGCUACUGUGUUGGCCAACAAUGACACUGCCCAAAACCCUGCGCCAUGUCCAAACUCAGCACGGUGACGGCUCCGUCGACGUGGAGAACAUUUUUCUAUUCCGGGCCAACUUAAACAGCCCAAACAAUGCCGGCGGCGGCUCAUCAACGAAUGCGGCUGAGGCUGAAGCUGAAACUGAAAAUGAGACUGGCGCUAAAACUGAAGCGGAUAAUGAAGCCAAAGCGGAAAAACCAAAUUCUUUGAGCGGCGUUUGGACUUUUGAAGCCAGCGAAGAAGAUUGCGGCAGUCAACUGGCGACUGUUGCUGAGGAAUCAGGCGUACAUUUGCCAGAAAAACGAAAGACGCCCCAGGUGGAAGAGAUUGUGGACGCAAAGAGGCCCAAAUUGGAGACAAAAGAUCUGAAACUGACACGACCCGGUUUUAGCGAGGAACGUUAUGAGGAGACGUCGUAUUACAUAGAGAAUGGCUUGCGAAAGGUCUAUCCUUAUUCUUUUACAUUUACAACGUUCACGAAGGGACGAUGGGUCGGCGAGGGGAUUCUCAAUGUAUUCUCACGGGAAUUUCGUGCACAUCCCGCCGAGGAAUAUAAGCGCAGCAUUGAGGCUGGCUCCCUAACCGUCAACCAUGAGAAGGUGCCCAUUGACUACCGGCUGAAGCACAACGAUCUGCUUGCAAAUACAGUCCACAGGCAUGAAGUUCCGGUUACGGCACACCCCAUUACGAUAGUCCACAUGGAUGAUGAUAUUUUAGUUGUGAACAAACCUGCGUCAAUACCCGUUCAUCCAUGUGGGCGUUACAGACACAAUACGAUGAUUUUCAUACUGGCCAAGGAGUUCAACAUGAGGAAUCUGCGUACGAUACACCGACUAGAUCGGCUAACUUCAGGACUUUUGUUGUUUGGACGCACAGCUGAGAAGGCACGUGAAAUGGAGCAACAAAUACGAAAUAGACAAGUACAAAAGGAAUAUGUCUGCUGUGUGGAGGGCUGUUUUCCCGAUGGCAAUAUCGAGUGCAAUGAACCGAUUGAAGUGGUUAGCUAUAAAAUUGGAGUCUGCAAGGUGUCGCCAAAGGGCAAGGAUUGCAAAACCACAUUCAAGAGACUGGGGCAAGUUGGCGACUAUAGCAUUGUGCAGUGCAAACCGUUGACUGGACGCAUGCAUCAGAUCCGCGUGCACCUACAAUAUUUAGGCUAUCCGAUUGUCAACGAUCCCUUAUAUAAUCACGAAGUGUUUGGACCCUUGAAGGGACGCGGUGGUGAUAUUGGAGGCAAAUCUGAUGAUCAGCUAAUACGCGAUUUGAUUUCCAUACACAACGCCGAAAACUGGUUGGGUAUUGAUGGUGCUCGCGAAGUCUCCACGAAUGAAUCGCUCAAAGUCUCGGAAAAUACUGUCAGCAGGCUGGCUAACACUGAUUCUAAUUCUGAAUUAAAAACUGAAAUUAAGUCAUCUCCUGAAGCUAAGGUUACUGUUUCCACACAAACUGGUCAUGAGGCCGCUGAUUGUAGUUUUGAUCACAGUAAGCUAUCUGUAGACCCGCAUUGCCAAGAAUGUAGGAUGAACUAUCGGGAUCCAAAGCCGGCAGAUCUCGUUAUGUAUCUGCAUGCGUGGAAAUACAAAGGUAUUGGCUGGGAGUAUACCACAGAACUUCCCAACUGGGCUUCCAUUGAGGGAGAUAAUUGCGAGUUAAGUUUAAGAGACAAGCGUUGUUGA